CUGCGCCUGCGCGUUCCGUCCUCCAGCCUGCCCGGCUGCUCUUUCCCCGGCCGCGCGUCUAGCCAGCCAGCCAGCCUGCCUCCCUGGGGCGCCAAGAUGCCGAGCGGCGGCAGCAGCAGCAGCAGCAGCCUCACCCCGCAGGUGCACUGGGCGCAGCGCCACCGCGAGCUCUACCUGCGCGUGGAGCUCAGCGACGCCCAGGAUCCAGACAUCAGAAUUACAGACAAUGUGCUCCACUUCAAAGCUCAGGGCCAUGGCGCCAAAGGGGACAACGUGUAUGAAUUUCAAAUUGAGUUCCUGGAACCCGUGAAACCGCAGGAAGUUCUCUCAGUCUUCCAGGAAAAGAAAGUUCAAGAACGCCGUUGCCUUGGGUUCAAUUCUGUGGAGGAGGCCACGGCGUCCCCUGGUCCUUUUCAGGAUUCUAGCGAGAGCAAGACCAACAACACGCACCCCAGGUUAGAGGAGGAAGAAAGAAUCAACAGAAUCAACAUCGAGAACAGAAUCCCUAAAGACCCUUUCCGGCACCUGAAGAGAGGGUACCUGUUCAUGUACAACCUGGUGCAGUUCCUGGGCUUCUCCUGGAUCUUCGUGAACAUGACGGUUCGGCUUUUCAUGCUGGGGAAAGAUUCCUUCUUUGAUACAUUCCACGCCACCUCGGACAUGAUGUACCUGUGCCAGACGCUGGCCGUGAUGGAGAUUGUGAACGCCUUGAUCGGCCUCGUCCGCGCUCCUCUGGUCCCCAUUUUGCUCCAGGUCUUCGGGAGGAAUUUCAUUCUCUUUGUUGUCCUCGGAGGGGUGGAGGAGAUGCAAAGCAAAGCGGUCGUGUUCUUUGUCUUCUACAUCUGGAGCUUGGUGGAGAUAUUCAGGUACCCCUUCUAUAUGCUUUCCUGCCUUGACAUAGAGUGGAAAGUCCUGACGUGGAUCCGCUACAGCAUCUGGAUACCCCUGUACCCUCUUGGGAUCCUCGCAGAAGCCGUGACCGUGAUUCAAGCCAUUCCCGUCUUCAGCAACACGGGGAGGUUCGGCCUCACGCUGCCCUCCCCCCUGGGCUUCACCGUUCCGUUUUCGCUGGUUCUGCAGCUCUAUCUGGUGGCCUUGUUUCUAGGGCCGUUCGUCAACUUCCGCCAUCUCUACAAGCAACGGAAGCGGCACCUCGGCCCUAAGAAGAGGAAAACCCACUAGGCCUCAGCCCUGGAGUCACUUUUCCUUGGGGGGGGGGGCGUGGGGGGAGCGUGGCUCUCCCACCUUCAGUGUUUUACAGGCCCCGUUAACCCAAACACCACUUUUGUACAGCUCUUUGCCCCUGGCCCGGUUCUCCCCCCCCUCCUCUUUCUCCUCCAGGUACCGUUUCCCCCCCUCAGUGGUUCAGUUCGGCUGCUCUGUGAUUGAGUCGAAGUGAACAGCGCUGUAACAAUCAAAGAUGUAUCCUGCACACGUGCAAAAAACCCAAUAAAAUUAAAAGAACCCAGCAUCUGGUGGGAGUAGGAGUGACAAAGACAGGGAGAAGCACGUUCCAACUAGAGCGGCAGUUUUGCUAACUUGUCACGUCCUGAGAGCAGGCGUGGGCAGUGUUCCCUCUAAGCCGAGUUCGUGUGAGCUGGCUCACAGUUC